UGUCUGGGAGCGCAGUCCGCCGGCCGAGCUCGGUGGCCGGAAGUAGUCCGUGACAGCGGCGGCCGUUUCAAGGAUGGCGGAUCGAGCAGCGCUGGAAGAAGCCGUGAGGCUACAGGGAGAGCGAGUGCGGAAUCUCAAGCUGCAGAAGGCGGGCACAGAGCUGAUCGAGGAAGAGGUUGCGAAGCUCCUGAAGCUGAAGGCAGAGCUGGGCCCUGAUGAAGGAAAACAGAAGUUUGUGCUUAAAACUCCAAAGGGCACAAGGGACUACAGCCCGAGGCAGAUGGCUGUUCGAGAGAAGGUUUUUGAUGUGAUCGUCAGCUGCUUCAAACGCCAUGGUGCAGAAGUCAUAGAUACUCCUGUGUUUGAAUUGAAGGAAACACUGACUGGAAAGUAUGGGGAGGACUCUAAGCUCAUCUAUGACCUGAAGGAUCAGGGUGGGGAGCUACUGGCCCUUCGUUAUGACCUUACUGUUCCUUUUGCUCGAUACCUGGCAAUGAAUAAACUGACCAACAUUAAACGCUACCACAUUGCAAAGGUCUACCGGCGAGAUAACCCUGCGAUGACUCGUGGCCGUUACCGGGAGUUCUACCAGUGUGAUUUUGACAUCGCUGGGCAGUUUGACCCCAUGAUCCCUGAUGCAGAAUGUCUGAAAAUCAUCUGUGAGAUCCUGAGUGCACUUCAGCUAGGGGACUUCCUUAUCAAGGUGAAUGAUCGGCGAAUUCUGGAUGGAAUGUUCAAUGUCUGUGGUGUUCCUGACAGCAAGUUCCGUACCAUUUGCUCUUCAGUGGACAAGCUAGACAAGAUGUCGUGGGAGGAUGUGAAGAAUGAAAUGGUGGAAGAGAAAGGCCUGGCCCCUGAGGUGGCAGAUCUUAUUGGUGCCUAUGUGAAGCAGCAUGGUGGAGUGUCCCUAGUGGAGCAGCUACUGCAGGAUCCCAAACUCUCACAGAACAAGCAGGCCCUUGAGGGAUUGGGGGACCUGAAACUGCUAUUUGAGUAUCUGACCUUAUUUGGUAUUACAGAGAAGAUCUCCUUUGACCUGAGCCUGGCCCGAGGACUGGACUACUAUACAGGAGUGAUCUAUGAAGCAGUGCUUCUUCAGACCCCAGCCCGACAGGGGGAGGAACCCCUUGGUGUGGGCAGUGUGGCUGCUGGAGGGCGAUAUGAUGGGCUUGUAGGCAUGUUUGACCCCAAGGGCCGCAAGGUGCCAUGUGUGGGGCUCAGCAUUGGGGUUGAAAGGAUCUUCUCCAUUGUGGAACAGAAGAUGGAGGCUUCUGAAGAAAAAGUUCGGACAACAGAGACCCAGGUGCUUGUGGCUUCGGCCCAGAAGAAGCUCUUGGAAGAAAGGUUGAAGCUUGUUGCAGAACUGUGGGACAGGGGCAUUAAGGCUGAGCUACUAUACAAGAAGAAUCCCAAGCUGCUGACCCAGUUGCAGUACUGUGAGGAGACUGGUAUACCACUGGUGGCCAUCAUUGGGGAGCAAGAGCUGAAAGACGGGGUUGUCAAGCUGCGCUCUGUGGCCAACAGAGAGGAGGUGGACGUUCGGAAAGAAAACCUUGUGGAAGAAAUCAGAAGACGAACAAGCCAAUACUCCCCCCAUCUGCUGAACUGAAGGAAGUCAGUGGAUAAAAAUUGCACUACUUGGAGGCUAGUCCAGCUUCUUCAGUUGCUUUGCACAUUCUGCUCUAGAGGGAAGAAUUCGAGGGAGGGCAAAGCUGAGAUAAUAUUUUAUUGUAAAAUCACUGGCAAGGGUAGCCCAGAGUAUUUAUAACUCCACUUUCUCAAAGACGUUGUUUCCUCCUGAAGCUGCCCAGGACACUGAUAUGGACUGAAGCUUCUCUGGCUGUAUUGGCCCUGGCUGUCACCCCAUGCAUUAUGUAUGUACAGUUGUGUCUCUGUGUUUAUGGCAGAAAAGUCGUGAUGCUGACGUUUCCCACUGACUUUUGUGAAGCUACUUGACUGUGGGUCCAAUAAAAUACCUAAUGCUUCUCUGUU